CUCCUCCUUACCUGUUGGUUGGUUGGUAGGCUAGGUAUGUUGUCAAAACGAUUAUGAAUGGACAGAACAAUUAUCAAAUUCAACCAUUGUCAGAAGGACAUCUAUCGUUUUACAGGCUUACCCAGCUUUGCAAAUGUAGAUUUAGAGGUUCCGAGAGAAAACGAAUUUAAACAAUGUCCCAUCUGUUUCGAGACUUUAACGUUUGACCUCCUCAACGCACCUGUCAGCAUUCCUAGUCCAUUCGCCAAUGGACACAAGGUCCCGUGUGCUUUUACAAUCGGAUCUGUUCACGGACCAUCUUUUCUCGGGGAAUGGCAUGACUCGGAGCUUCACGUUGGGGUAACAAAUUCCACAGGUGUUGUGUAUAAUUACACCUUAUCUGGACUGCGGCGAGAUGACCAUGGUUGGGAGAAAUGUGUAUCUUUGCAGCUAGUUCCACCUUGGAGAGUCAACUUGAAACACUCCUGGGACGGGGAGCUUGAGCAAUUCUGCUCCCUUUCUACUUGGACACCAGAACGGUUUCACGAGGAGAGGGAGUUUGGGUCCCGCUGCUAUGGUUUUGCCCUGGCCUUUAUAAACCACAUACACUCUCUGGAAGGGAAAACCUCUUUGAGCAGGGAUGAAUUUACAGGGACGCACAUCCUACCCAGAGUUAAGACGGUCUCAAAAUACAUCCGAGUUUACCAAGAGAUAUCACAGAAUGGUUUUUAUAUUGCUGACCAGAUAGAGAAUGUUAAUUUAAAGACAGACAGCUGAAUACUCCUAAUCACUGUAUAUGAAUGUCAGUAUUGAUCGGUAGUAGUCAUUCAUUGUUAAAUUGAUUGUAAUUGAAGUAAUAUCACAACAAACUCUGUAAAUUAAGAACAAAAACACUGACAAAAUAAAUAUGUGACUGCACUCAUCAAGCAAUUUCUUACUUUACUUUGCCAGCUUUCUACAUUGCAAUGAGCUGUGUACUGUGCCUCUGUUAUGCAAUGUAAACAAUGUACAUGUGAUACAGCUGCACCGUGUCUGCUCUCAAAAGGCUUAGAAUUGCAUUUCAAAGUGUCUUCUAUCACACAGGGCAGGGUAGCUUUGUGUCGCCCAUCUGCUGUUGUGGGGGUUUAAGAUGAAGAUCAUAUUGCAUCAUGCACAGACCCUUUCCUGUGCUCUGAUUGCCACUCAUGCAUAGCUUUCAAUUAAACUAAUUGAAAAAAGAAACACUAACUGGAUGAUUCCAUGCCAACUCACCCAGAAUUCAGAACUUUCCCCAGUUUACUGAGUCAUUCCAUCAUUAAGCAGUUUGAUGUGAGAUCAUGGAGCCCUGCCCUGUUAGGAAAUGCCUGGAAGAAUAAUAAACAACUGUCACACGCCCGCCUACACUAAUGAAAAAGCCAUGUUAUGAUUGAUUAUGAGUUACGAUUGCACUCUUUUCUAUGCUUCUGUGUGUUCCAAUCCAUUUCGCAAUAAAUCCCCCAAAGCUUUCUGGUGGGAUUAGCCCAGAUGGGCUUCAUUAUUUUCUAAUGCUACUAGUUGAUGAUCUCAGAAGUUAGUUCAGAAACGUUUGAAAUUGCAAAAUAAUAUAUGUGAAUUGAGCUAAGGAACUAAGAUUAAUAUUUUGCCCAGACAAAUGAAAAAAGAUGACUUCAUCUAUAUGCAACAAAUCAAGCCAUUACAAGCUGUAACUUGCAAAUUUCCUGAACCCAAUGAAAAACAGGCUCAACAAAGUACAAAUAUUUACCCAUGAAAUAUAACCACCGAAUGUAAUAAUAUUACAGCCAGUAAAAAGUAUGAACACUUUCCCAUAAAAAAGACUCAAGGAUAUUCAAAUAAUCCUUGGGGAGUGUUUCAGCUCCUAAACUAUAUUUAGGAAGAUCUGUGGCACUCAUUUUUUUAUGCCAUACCAAAUCAUUUCUAGAUGUGAUGGAACUAUAUUAAUACUACACGGAAUCAAAACUUGGGUGCAAGAUGGUGAACACUAGUGGAGAUAUUCAUU